CGAUCAUCGAUCAUUGACCACCGUACGUGCGUACCUGGACACAUGGAUAGCAGAAAUCACCUAGUGCAUUGAAGACAUAACUAGUACAUUCUGAUUCUCUAUAUAUAUAACCUCCUCUGUCCCAACUUCGAAAGACGACCGUGACAUCCACACCUCCUCACUGCCAGUGCAUCCAUCCACAGCAUGUCGUUUACACGUGGCAUUUAUUAUAUUCAGAACAAGGAUAUUCCUGGAGUCCUUUCCCCAGGCAUCCCCCAAACUAAGUUUGCAACACUUCAUGUAAAGCAGCCUUGGAGUGGAUCAUCGGAUAGUCGCCGUGCGUUCCCGCAGCUCUGGCUCGUCGAUCCGUCAUCAUCCAACCUUGGCAUUGUGUAUACUAUCCGUAACCUUAGUAGCGGAAAGUAUCUGACCUCUCGCAAUGGGAGUAGCGUUGUCAUUGACGACCCUACGCACACCACAACCGAUUACUGGACAAUAACAUCGCAUCCCUUAGGGUACUAUCGUAUCACGAAUUUUGAAUGGAAAAAAUCCAUUGGAGGUCAAAACCCGAAUCACUACUACACCAUUCUUGGGCAGAAUCGCAACGAACGUUGGGACCUUGGCAAGCCACUGAGCUGCUCUGGGGCUGAAAUCGACAGAAUUUUGAACGUAUUGAGGGGUCCCGCGAAUCCUACGCUUGAUCUUCAGAGGCUCAAGGGGUAUACAACUACAACAGGACUAUAUCUCAUCCCCUCGCGAGGGAUUUUCGAGGAGAUUCGCUUGGCCGCUGGCAUCGAAAAAACCAACUUUCGCAAUGAGCUAUUUGACUGCGAUGAUUUUGCCUUCGAAUUCAAAGCAGCCGUGGCUGCCUGGUUCACUGACAAAAUCGGCAUUGACGGUAUAGCCAUAUUCUGUGGCAUAAUGUUUGAAGAAUAUCUCGAUAAUACAGGGAACCCCGUGACAGGACAUGUUUAUAAUUUCUUAUUGUCUGAUGACCAUAGUCAACUUCAGUAUUAUGACCCCCAGGAUGGCAAUCCGCCAGUCAGGGCUCCCCAAUAUCAGAGUGGCCGGAUAUUCUUGGCAUUGUGUUGAGUUAUGUAGUUGCCCUACCUUUUCACCCGUGCCUGCACAAGUAGCUCUACAUAUUUACUAUAUGCACUACUUGUGUUUGAAAGCGAAACGAAACUUCGAAACCCUUGAUUGUUUUGUCCGCUGGUGUCA